UGCAGUCGAUCGGUAAACAGCCGGGAGCGAUGCACGCUCGCGUGAUUUGACGUAUUUGACAAGUUUUAGAGCGCGGAUCUCGGGAGGACCCACUGCAUGCGGAACGUUGAUCGUGAUAUCCUUUCCUCUAGGGAAUAGUAUCCUUUUUUUUUUAUAUUCUCACCACACCAUGGACACGGACAGGCCUUUACAUGAGGAGUGGAAAAAACGGGCGUUUGUGGGACCACUGCCGGACAGUUUUCUGAGAAUAGAAGAACGCAACGCGCAGUUGCAGCAGGAGGCGGCGGAUCAACAAGCCGCUCUGGCUCUCCAACAGCAGAUGCAAAGUAUGCCGGUGACUCACGAUCCUCGAGUGGGUAGACUUAGCAUAACAAUCUCUCAGGCCAAAUUAGUGAAAAAUUAUGGAAUGACGAGGAUGGACCCUUACGCGAGGAUACGAGUGGGACACUCGGUGUUUGAGACGCAUACAGACUCUAACGGUGGAAAAAAUCCACAUUGGAAUAAAGUAAUUCAAUGCAACCUUCCACCUGGAGUUACCCAGAUAUACAUAGAAAUUUAUGACGAGUGUUCCUUUGUGAUGGACGAACUGAUUGCGUGGGGCCACAUAGAGAUUCCACCGCAGGUUAUUCAGAAGGGAGAGACCCACGAGGAUUGGUACAUGCUCAGUGGGAAGCAGGGAGAUAAUCAGGAGGGCAUGAUCAAUUUAGUUUUCAGUUACACGACCAAGUAUCAUCCGUACACGGGUUCCUCUUCGAUAAUGAUGGUCCCUUCUGCAACAAUGUUCGGCACGUCAUACGCCCCGGUAAAUGUUUAUGCGACACCUCCGCCUAUUGCUGCACCAGCGGUCGCACCCAGCUCUUUGCCAAAUGCUGAGGUCGAGUUGAAACAGAUCGCCGAAAUGUUUCCAAAUGUUGACAAGGAAGUUAUCAAAUCAGUAUAUGAUGCCAAUCACGGCAAGAAAGACAUUACAAUUAAUUCGUUGCUUCAGAUGUGCGAAUAAGUCCUAAUUUUCUACGCAGCUAGAAUGCCAUACGUAACUUUAUCGUAUCCUUCGUUAAUGAACUUUUUUUUUCUUUGGAAUGUAAGAUGAUGUACGAAAAUCUAAUUUGUAAUACUUCCAUACGUAAUAAUAUACAUUAAGGUCGAACAUUCUUUGAAUAUGUAAAAUGACGAAAUAUUUCUCUUCUGAAGAAACAUAUUACAUUUUAAUUGAGUAUAA